UUUUGCUUGAAUCGACAUGUCAUGACGUAAUUGUAAAUGUAGCACCGUUAUAGUGUGCGUGCCCAUACUGUAAUUCACACAGUGGUCGUGCAGACAGUCGCUCUGUUUCAUCCUCAACCACUGCAGUCAUGUCUGACUUCACAGAGGACCAGAUAUGUGAGUUUAAAGAGGCCUUCCUCCUGUUCGACCGAACAGGAGAUGGAAAGAUCAUGUACAAUCAGUGUGGGGAUGUGAUGCGUGCCCUUGGCCAGAACCCUGUCAAUGCAGAGGUCCUCAAAGUACUUGGCAACCCCAGUAGUGACGAUAUGAAUAUGAAGAUGCUGGACUUUGAGCAGUUCCUGCCCAUGCUGCAGGCAAUCGCUAAGAACAAGGACCAGGGUUCCUUUGAGGAUUUCGUGGAGGGACUGAGGGUGUUUGACAAAGAGGGAAAUGGAACUGUGAUGGGCGCUGAGCUAAGACACGUCCUUACAACACUUGGUGAGAAGAUGACAGAGGAAGAGGUGGAAACUCUUUUGGCCGGACAUGAGGAUGCUAACGGCUGCAUCAAUUAUGAAGCACUUGUGCGUCACAUUAUGGCUGGUUGAGGAGAGGAACUCGUGAGGAUGGUCAUGAGCGGUUGAAGAUUUCAAAAACACGUCUAUUUUCUUUUAUUUCGUCAGUCAGCCUCCCAUUUAUGUAAUUCUACAUUCCCACAUUAGCUUUUUAUUAAAUGGUUCGUCAUUUGUUUUCCUUAAGUGCCUUUUAUCAUGUUUCAGGAGAAGUGUUGCUCAUUUCAUUCCAGAAACUUCCAUUGAUGUCCAAAUUGCUCAAAUACUUUCCAUUCACUGUUUCCAUUCCUCCAGAUGUAUUUCCAGUGUCAGUAUCCCACCCCAUCUGUGUCUUAAAACUGUGAGAGACAUUGUGAUCAGCUCUUAUUAGGGAUCAUUGUUAUUUUUUGGUUACGCUGUUGUCAAAACGCCCAGAAUGUGUUUGUAAAUCGUUUGAUAUUUGCAGAUCAUUAACAUAAUAAAUAUUCAGAAAUAUCUA